CGCUGCACCGUAUAACUGGCGAUGGUGAUCGGUAAAAGAGAGUCCUCGGGCUGCCUGAAGAGCAAAGGGAGUCAUGUCGUUCUGAUUGAGGGAAUUACGAAAGCAGGAGGAGGAGUGAGCGAGCGAGCGAUUGGACUUUCUAUGGCGGACGGGUGCAAUUACGUGCAGAAUCUCGCAGAAGAAAUGUUGGUGUUCGAAACGGUUCAGCUGUUGGGCGUCGGAGGAGACUCCUCGGCCAUGACGCAAGACACGAUCGCAGUCUGUCGACCGCGGCUACCGCCGGAAUGCUCGUCUACACCUCAAAUCGUUCCACUCCCAUCGAGCCAUGAAACCAUGAAACCGCGUGCCGGUCAUCCUGAUCCUGCUCAGCAGGAUCUUCCUUCACGACAAGAACAGUGGACGUCGCUCACUUCGUCUACUGCUGACCAUUGUCGAAUAGUUUCGGGACAUGACCCUCUGAAUUCACCGCCCUUUGCAGACUCUGAUGUGGAUUUCACAGGCGACUAUGCUCGUACCGCAGACGGGGAAGACCCACGCUUAUCGUCGGGACGGAGAUCAGAUGCUGCUCGAGGUGGAUAUGGAUAUGGCCUCGUCGCGCUGGUGCCGAAGAAAGGACAAUGUCAGAAAGGCGGCGCAGGCGACGACUGCUGUUUGUGCCUUCCGUGUUCAUACUGCUAUAGAUGACGGCGGAAGCACGAGACUCGAGCCUAUUCCCGUAAUAGGCUCGACUCGAUUCCUUCGAAUAAUCCUCAACACGGUGACCGAAGGAAGAGCCAUCAGAAACACGCCCUCUAGAUCUUCAACCUCGAAGUUCGAUCACUAAUAAUUUAUUUAUCACCGAUCGCUGGCCCCAAUUAUCGGGAAAUCGAUCCCCGGAUUAUGAACAUGUGAAUCACGAGUAGCUUCGGUUUGCAGCAACGGAAUCAAAAUGUCGAGGCGAAGGGCGAAGCUGUUCAUGUUCGGCUGCCAACUCUGAUUUUUUCAGAGUUAGAGAAUCUGAGUCACGCCUUCGGUUGCCAUUGAUAACGAGCUCUUUAUGUCACGACGAAUGGUAUUCCAGAGCAGAUGUGGAUUUUCUGGGGCGCGCGACAGUAUGAAACAAUUCGAGUUCUUUGGGACUCUCCUGCUUUCUUGGUCUCCAGGUUACCGUUUGCGGAGAUACCUCUGGCCUCUCGUAAGGAAUCUCCUCUCGCAAAUCUGUUCAAUAAGAAUGUCACUAUUCCUAAUAGGGACAUGAUAUUAUUCAAUGGUGAUAAUUUCAAGUGCGAUUUUGGAGUAAAAAUUACUAUCAUAAUCACAAUAUAUCACUAUGAGACUUGAAAAAAAUGUGACAUAAAUUUAUUUUAAA